CGACGCCGCCGAGAUCCCUGCCGCCGCUGCCGCCGCCUAGAGCGAGCAGAGUCGCGCCGCCGCCGCGCCUCCCGCGGCCCCGAGCAGCCCCGCGCCGCCGCGCCCCCGCCGCUCCCGCCCCGCCGCUGGAUGCCGGCGGCCGGCGGCCGAGCUCUCAGAGGCGGAGGGCGGCGGCGCGGGCGGCGGCGGCGCGGGCGGCCGGCGGCCCAGAGGCAGGGGCGCGGGCCUGAGCGCUAGCGCCAUGUCCGGCUCCAUCGGCCAGCCCGACGGCAGCGGGGGCGCGGGCGGCAACGGGCCUGGGGCGGCGGCCAGCGGGGACCCCAGCCCAGGUGCUCAGCCGCCGCCCGCACCCGAGGCCGCCGAGGAGGCCGCUCCUGCGCCCCGGCCGCCACCCGAGCCCGACGACGCGGCCGCCGCGUUGCGCCUAGCGCUGAACCAGCUCUCGGUGCUGGGGCUGGCGGGCGCGGGCGACCAGGACGAGGAGGGGGCAGCUGCGGGCAGCGGGGAUGGCGUGGCGGCGGCGGCACGGGGCGCGGACGGUGGGGCCGCAGUGGAGCCUACGCCCCCCGACGGGCCUGAGGCGGGCGCGCCCGUGGUGGCCGUGACCCCGGGCCCGCUGCCGCUUCGGGAGCCCGACGUAAGCCCCCCGCCGCCCCGGCCGUCGCCGCCCGAUGUGUUCGCCAGCUUCACGGCCCACCCCGCUGCGCUGGGCCCCCCGACGCUGCUGGCCGAGCAGAUGAGCGUGAUUGGCAGCCGCAAGAAGAGCGUGAACAUGACCGAGUGCGUGCCGGUACCCAGCUCCGAGCACGUCGCCGAGAUCGUGGGUCGCCAGGGGUGCAAAAUCAAGGCUCUGCGGGCCAAGACGAACACGUACAUCAAGACGCCGGUGCGCGGGGAGGAGCCCGUCUUCAUCGUAACGGGCCGCCAGGAGGACGUGGAGAUGGCCAAGCGGGAGAUCCUGUCGGCGGCGGAGCACUUCUCCGUGAUCCGCGCCACCCGCAGCAAGGCCGGCGGGCUGCCCGGCACCGCGCAGGGCCCGCCCAACCUGCCGGGACAGACCACCAUCCAGGUGCGCGUGCCCUACCGCGUGGUGGGGCUGGUGGUGGGGCCCAAAGGCGCCACCAUCAAGCGCAUCCAGCAGCGGACGCACACGUACAUCGUGACGCCGGGGCGGGACAAGGAGCCGGUGUUCGCCGUCACGGGCAUGCCGGAGAACGUGGACCGCGCCCGCGAGGAGAUCGAGGCGCACAUCACGCUGCGCACCGGCGCCUUCACCGACGCCGGCCCCGACAGCGACUUCCACGCCAACGGCACCGACGUCUGCCUGGACCUGCUCGGAGCCGCUGCAGGCCUCUGGGCCAAGGCCCCCAACCCCGGGCGCCGGCCCACCCUGCCCGCCGCCAGCCUCCGCGGGGACAGCACCCUGGGGGCCCCGGGCGGCCCCGAGGCCUUCUACCCCGGCAGCCGCGGAGGAGGCCCGCCGGUGCCGGACACGGGCCCCGCCAGCCCCUAUGGCGGCUCGGGCAACGGGGGCUUCACCUUCGGCGGCGACGGCCCCGGAGCCCCGGCCGGGCCCCCCGCCCCCGAGGACUGUGACUUCGGCUUCGACUUCCUGGCGCUGGACCUGACGGUGCCCACAGCGGCCACCAUCUGGGCCCCCUUCGAGCGCGCUGCUCCCGUGCCCGCCUUCGUCAACGGGGCCCCCGCGCCCCCCGCGUCCGGCGUCCGGCGCAGCAGCGGGGCUGGUACCCCGCGACACUCCCCCACGCUGCCCGAGCCCGGCGGCCUGGGCCUGGAGCUCCCCCUGGCCCGCCGCGGCCCCCCGGACCCGGUGGGUGCCCUGCCCUGGCGGCCCCCGCAGGGCUCCCUGUCGUCCUUCUCGAGUAGCAGCAGCUUCUCCACGGCCACCUCGCUGCCCAGCAGCUCCUCCGCCUCCUCCUGCUCCCCCUUGGACUCCAGCGCCUCCGACAUCAGCCGCAAGCCCUCGGCCGCAGCGACCUCCGGGCCCGGGGUGCCGGUGGCCUCCGCCACCCCCGGCCCGGCCCUGGUGCGGGAGUGCGUGGUGUGCGCGGAAGGCGAGGUGAUGGCCGCGCUGGUGCCCUGCGGCCACAACCUCUUCUGCAUGGACUGCGCUGUGCGCAUCUGCGGCAAGAGCGAGCCCGAGUGCCCCGCCUGCCGCACGCCCGCCACCCAGGCCAUUCAUAUCUUUUCCUAACGCGGCGCUCCGGCCACGGGCGGCCGGAGGCCCCUGGAGCGGGCUGUGCUGCGGCCGGGGUGGGGGAGGAAGGAGAUGCGGGCAGGGGGUGGAGGGCCGGCCGGGGCGGGGGCAGGGGUUAGCGUGGCCAGUGUUUACAGAUGAGCUUUAACUCCGGUCCCAGGCAUGGAGACAGUGACCCGGCAGCCCAGUGGCACCUCAGUUCUUAACAAAUAACAGUAUUGAGUUGACAGGUUAAAAUAAACCCGAGAGAAAAGGUCUGUUGCACUUUUUAUUUGAGACACACACACACACACACACACACACACACACCUACACCCCCAGGGUGAUCUUUUUAAAGAAAAAACAAUUUUUUUACAGCAAUCAGUUGUCCUUCUUUUCUAUGGAGUGGAUUUCUGAUGUGACAGUGUUGUUUUUACGGGGUGGUGAGCCUCUGCAGAAAGUUCCGCCAGGAGGAUGGUGACGUUUUUACUACCUUUUCACUCCCUUUUUGGGGCUAACUGGUCACCCUUUUGUAGGUCAGCCCCAGGAAGGCCGGAGGGGGGAGGGGGGAGGGGCACAGGGGUAUCCCAACCAGAAAUUUCUAACUUUUUUAUUUUUAAUUAUUAAUCCUCUUCUGCUGUGGUUUAUGUUGUCCGUUUUUAAAUUUUUUUAAUUUUUUUUUUUUUUUUUUACUUUUACUUUUUACCUCUUGUGUAUAUGUAGCAAAUUUAUAGGGAAAUAUGUAUGUACUUUAUGGAAUAAAUUUUAAGAACUAAAAUAUAUUUUAUUUUAAAGUAACGGACCUUUAAUCUUACGCAGCUAAAUUACUGAUUAUAUAUUUGCUGAGCUGACUUAAGGGUUCAGAAAAUUGUAUCAAGAGUUUUAUUUUUUGACUCCAAAGCCUUCUUAAUAAAGUCUUUUUAUGA